AUGUCGCGAUUUUUCAGACAAGCCGGCGAUUCUGAUUCUGAAUCUGAGGAGUCCGAUGAGGAGCUCUUGACUAGCGGUGACGAAGAUGCCCCAGCAGCCAAACCUGCCGCCAAACCAGCCAUGUCUCGUUUCUUGCGAAAAACUGGCAGCGAUUCCAGCAGCUCAGAUUCUGAAUCUGAAUCGGAUGAUGACGACGAUAGCGAUGGUUCGGAUGAUGAGGCGAAGGUGGAGAAGAAGAAAUCGAGGUUUGUACGCAGUGAUUCCGAGGACGAGGAGAGUGACGAGGAUGUCAAACGAGUGGUGAAAAGUACCAAAGAUAAACGAUUGGAAGAAAUCGAGGCUACUGGAAAAGUAAUGGAUAACGGGUUAAAGAUCAACGACUGGGUAGCCAUAUCUGGAGAGUUCGACAAGUUGCUGCGUCUUGUGCAGCGGCAGAGCAAUGUUGCUGAACCGAUCCCACCAUUCUUUAUCCGUACGCUUUCGAGUUUAGAAACAUCGCUCAAUGUAGCACUGGCUAAGGAGAAAGAGGCGAAGAAGAAAAUGAAUGCUACCAACGCCCGUGCCCUCAAUUCCAUGAAACAGAAAGUGAGAAAAACGGCAAAGGAGUAUGAAAAGGAACUGAAACAGUAUCAAGAGGAUCCUGAAGCAUUUGAAAGGGAAUAUGCUGCUCAUGCUCCACAGGCGGAGACCGUAGUGAAAAAGAAAAAAGCAAAGAAAGCACUUGAAGAUACUGAUGCCGAGGAGGAAGAGGCAGUUGACCAAUUUACUACAGUUGGAAAAGGUGGUAAAGCUAUGCAGUUCACCGCCGAUGCUAUCUUCAAGACACUUCAGCUUGUUAAUGAAGCUCGUGGAAAGAAGAACACCGACCGAGGAGAACAAAUUCGUAUCUUGGAAAAGCUACUAGAGGUUGCCGCAACAUCCUACCAGCACAUUCGCGUCCUACUUGCUCUCGUUUCCUCGCGAUUCGAUUACAAUUCAUCCAUCACUUCGUAUAUGCCAGUGGAUCUGUGGAUUGCUGCACAAAGCGAGAUUGAUCAGCUCGUUUCGAUAGUUGCCGCUGAUACCUCGUAUUCUGUGCAGGAAGUUAUCGAAGAUUAUGAUGAGCUUGCUGAGCGCUUACCAGCUACCGAAAAAGAUGGUAUUGUACGGGUUCGGGGCAGCAUCAUCAGCUUCAUUGAUCGGUUGGAUGACGAGUUUACAAAAAGUUUACAAAACAUUGAUCCUCACGGUACGGAGUAUAUCGACAGGUUGAAGGAUGAAAAGGUUCUUUACCGCACGAUAUGCCGCGCUCAAGCAUUUUAUGAGCGUACGAAACAACAAGACCCUCUUGCUAGAGUGGUCAUGCGACGCCUGGAGCAUAUAUAUUCCAAACCUGAUCCGGUUGUCCAAGCUCUGGAGUCAUCAUUAGCCUCUUCUGACAUCGUUCCCACCACGACACUUGCUUCUGGUGACACGACGUCAUCACUUAUCCACUCUCUUUGCGUUCAUCUUUACAAGGCCGAUAAUUCACUCCUACGAACAAGAGCUAUGCUCAGCCAUAUCUACCAUUUCGCUCUCCAUAAUGACUUUUACACCGCUCGCGACAUGUUCCUCAUGUCGCAUCUCCAAGAAUCGAUUCAUUCGGCUGAUGUUGCUACACAAAUCCUGUAUAACAGGACAGUCGUACAACUUGGUCUUUGCGCGUUUAGAUGCGGCUUGAUUAAAGAAGCUCAAGCGACCUUACAGGACAUCUUCACCGCUCAGAGGGUCAAAGAACUUCUCGCACAAGGUGUCCACCAACAAAGGUUCCAAGUCUUAAGUCCAGAGCAGGAGAAAGCUGAGAGGCAGAGACAGCUACCAUUCCACAUGCACAUCAACACAGAGUUACUCGAAGCUGCUUUCCUUGUUUCCAGCAUGUUGGUCGAAAUACCUCUCUUGGCCAGCAUUGAAUCAGAGGAACUCAAGAGAAAGGCGAUCUCAAAACCAUUCCGUCGACUACUUGACUUUGCAGAUCGUCAAGUUUUCACGGGUCCUCCAGAAAGUACUCGAGAUCACAUCAUGCAAGCCAGUAGGGCUUUGCAAGAUGGCGAGUGGGAGCGUUGCCGCGAUUUGAUACAAAGUAUCAAGAUUUGGAGCUUAAUGCCAGAAGUAACGUCGGUGAAGGAAAUGUUGGCAAAGCGCAUACAAGAACAAGGUCUCCGCACGUACCUCUUCACCUAUGCUCCUCAUUACAACACACUCUCUUUGUCUCUUCUAUCGCGAACGUUCUCGCUGCCACUUCGUACUGUCACGUCCACGGUUUCCAAGAUGAUUUGGAAUGAAGAGCUAUCAGCCUCCCUUGAUCAAUCUGCGGGUGUCAUAGUCUUCCACCGUGUUGAACACUCACGCCUACAGCAACUGGCUCUAGUGGUCGCUGAUAAGGUUAGCGCAAUGGUUGAGCAAAACGAGAAGACUCUUGAUCUCAAGCUCGGCGGUACCGGCGGAUGGGGUGAUAGAGCCGAUGGUGGAAAGGGAGAAAAACGUGGCGAACAAACACAAGAACGCCGUGGCCGGGGUGAGCGUGUCAGGGGCAGUACUCGUGGUAAGUUCCGAUGGUAUUUGUCUGAUGCCGUUUCACAUCUCCCCCUUACAGGUGGCAUGCGAGGUCGGGGUGCACGGUUUGCCCAAGGACUGGGGAACCAGAUGUCAGGACAUUCGUCGCAAGCAGCACGGUGA